GUCGACAGUCAGCUGUUUCGGCGCUCGAAUCGAAUCGAAUCGACCUUCGAGAGAAAGAGGAGUUUCUGUUUUGUAGCCGGCCGGUGUUCGCUUGCAGACGUUCGUUUCGUUCCUUCGGUCCGUCGAUUUGUUGAUUUUACCUUUUGAGUUUCGCGAAUUUCCAUCCUGGCAAUGGCUACCUACGCUGCUUUCCGGCACAUCGAGCUCGACAACGUAGGCUACGGCAAAAAGAGGGUUCGCAAUCCGAGCAGCGAAAUCUUCCAAGUGCUUCGCAGCCCGACAGAAUCGUCGCCCAAAUUGAACGGUCACUGCUCGCCUAGAAGAGGCUCCCGCAACAGUGACUCCUUCACCAAGUUGUUCGGCACUCCCGACGGCAAGAGACCGCAACCAAGACGAGGUUCACUUACCAAACAAGAUGUAAACAACCGCAAUCCUGUUACCGGCAAUGGAGUCAUGUCUUGGGACUGCAAAGUUACCAAAACACCAAAAAUAUAUACCGAACGCAACCCAGUCACAGGCGAAACUUACACCAUAGUCACAACCCCCACGAAGCCAAUAACGAAUGGAUUCUCAAAUGGAACGUCUACCCCUAUUCAAAACGGCAACGCCACUCCUUUACUGAACGGAAACGGAAACCAUACCCCCAACGGAAAUAUUUAAACAUGACACCACCUUUUUUGAAAAUCGCGUACAGCGAAGAAGCCUCGCAUUUUACUGAAAUGUAAUCUGUAAAAUGACUAUAAUUUAUGUAAGGGUUCAGUGUCAAAGGUAACAAAUUUUUAUAUAUUUAUGUAUGUAAUGUUGGUGACGUUUGUGGAGAUUCCUGAGCAUCAAAGAGAUUCCAGAGAAUCGUGCAUUAAAAGCUAUUUUUGAAAUCAAGAAAAUAUUAAUAAAGUUUGUUACCUUUGACCUAAAACUCUGGAAUUAAUUGGUUAUAUUAUAGAGAGUCAAUUAAUUAAAUGUGAGGCAGCUUUUCGAUGAAAAAUGCGAGUUUUCAUCGUAUGUACUUUCUAAAAGCUCGAAUUUACCAAAUCAGCAUUCGUACUCGUAUAUUAACCAUUCACUUUGUAUUGCAUUUAACCUAUGUUUUCAUUAGAUUUUACACGUUUUAAAUUUCGUAUAUUUAGUUUGUUUGAGUGAUAUUUUAACUUGGCACGUUUUUUGUUUCGGAAAAAUUAUUUAUUGGAUUUGCGUUUCAAGAUUAAACAUAAUUAAUUGAGAUUUCACGUGCAGGUUAAAAUAUGUUCUAAAGAUUAUGUUCGCUUCAAAUGAAAGCCUGGUAGUUACUCCGAACCAAUAUUUAGAAAAAAACUUUAAUAUAUAGUUAAUAUAUAUUACAAUGUUGGAAAUUCUAUUUCAUAGAUUAAUAAAGCACUAAUAAAUAAUGAUCAAAAUAUUUAUAUAGUGCAUUCGCCUAAGUAGAGUCGAUUACAGUAACUAAUUAUUACCUAAGCAUUUUUAUUUGUUAAUUUUUA